AUGAUUGAGCAGCUCGCUGCUGCCGUUUGCACCCUUUAUGGCAUUGGCUAUUCCGGCUAUUACCUGACCAACCUGGCACGUCAUCUGACCCGUGUGUUCAGAGGUGCCGAUCCUGAGAGCCCAGAACCAAGAGCAGACUCUCCUGUGGCUCCCUCUGCUCCUGGAGAAGAGGCCAAAGAGGAGCAAAAUGAGCAAAAGGAGCACGAGCCUCCAGCUGUGGUCACAGCCCAGCCUGACCAUCCCCAGACAGUCCUUCCAGAGAAAGAGCAGGAGCAGAUUGUUUUAUCAGGGAGGCCGUGCCAGACUGAGGGAGAGCUGUUCCCAGCCCAAGAGCAGGAAGAGCAGCUGGGGCAGCAGGUGGAAGAGCCACUGGAGAAUGGCCAGAACAUCAAGGCAGAGCCCCAAGCAGAGCUGCCCGAAGCUCAGAGGGCCAUCAUGGCAGUGAAGAGGAGGCACGAGGAAGACAGGAGAAACAUCCAGGAGGAGAUGAAUCUCCAUUGGCAGAGAGAAAAUCAACAAAACCAGGUGAGUGAAAGAGUGGCAGACACUCCACUCACAGAAAUUCCUCUCUCUGGUUCCUCACAGGCCUCCGAGGAGAAGCUGCUGGCAGAGCUGCAGGAAACUGAGGCUAGGAUCAGGGCAAGGGAGAAGAGGCUGGAGGAAGAAAGGAAAAUCAUCCAAGAGAAAUUUAAUCUCCUCGCUCAGAAGCAAGAGGCUCUAGAAAAUCGAGUGGACGUGUUGAUAUCUCACCUGGCAGCCUGCGAAGGCUUCCAGCAAAUGCCUGGUGAUGAAGAGCCCCAAGGUCGGCGGGAGGCACAGAUCUACACAGGUUCUUCCAUUGAAUCUGCUGCAGCAGCAGCGGCAGCAGCAUCUAAAGGAGCCUUUGUUCCCCAAGCUGAGCAGUGGAGCCCGGGCAGUUUGUCCAUUUCCAGCAGUGACACAUCUGCUGCUCAGCUACAGGAGAGCCAGGGAGACUUCCUGGAGCAACUGAGGAGAAUGGUGAACAAGGAAAAUCCCGUCACAAAAUACAUUGAACUGGAAAGUCUUGGCAGCGGGGGUUUUGGAGAGGUUUCCAGAGCACUUGACACUGCCACAGGAGGAGAGGUGGCCAUAAAGAAAAUAAGUGUGCAAGGAGUGAGGAGGACACAACUAACCAUGAAUGAAAUCAGGAUCAUGGAGAGUAAUAGGAGUCCCAGGGUCGUGAAUUACUUAGCCAGCUACCUUGUGCAUGAGGAACUCUGGCUGGUGAUGGAGUACAUGGACGGAGGCACUCUGAGAGAUCUCAUCGACGAGGCUCAAAUGUCUGAAGAAGAGAUUGCAGCUGUCAGUCGGGAGUGCCUGCAAGGACUGGAUUUUCUUCACUCCAACCAUGUGAUCCAUCGAGAUGUGAAGAGCAAGAACAUCCUGCUCAGAACCGACGGCUCUGUCAAGCUGGCUGAUUUUGGCCUUUCUGUUCAGCUCACCCCUGAGAAAAAUCAACGGUGCUCAGUGAUCGGGACUCCUUGGUGGAUGGCACCUGAAGUGGUGAAGCGUCAACCAUACGGCCCCAAAGUGGACGUGUGGUCUUUUGGAAUUGUGGCAAUUGAAAUGGCCGAACAAAAAACUCCUUAUGACAGUUUCACUGCUCGAUCGGCUAAAUACCACAUAGCCACAAAAGGGACCCCACAGCUGCGGCAGCCCGACCAAUUCUCGCCUUUGCUGCGUGACUUCCUGAGCUGCUGCCUGCAGAAAGGCGAGGCGCAGCGCUGGUCUGCCAAGGAGCUGCUGCAGCAUCAAUUUAUAACAUCGGCCAUGCCUGGGUCCAGCCUGGCACCACUCAUUGUUGCAGUGAAGAAGUGGAAGGAGGAGAUAUGAAUGCGCCAAUCAAUUUCAAACUGUUUUUUCCAUGCUCAACUUAGAGUAGGAUUGUAGUGUAGGAUUGUAGAGUAGGACUGUAGUGUAGGAUUGUAGUGUAGGAUUGUAGAGUAGGACUGCAGUGUAGGAUUGUAGUGCAGGAUUGUAGAGUAGGACUGCAGUGUAGGAUUGUAGUGCAGGAUUGUAGAGUAGGAUUAUAAAUAAAGUAACUGAUACCUCAACUCCUUUGGAACAUUUCUCUCCUUCUGACCCUGUGAGAAAGCUCAGCAUUUCCUCCUGAAUUGUCAGUUUUUUCUUAGAGGUGGAAAGUGACAUUGAUGGCUUCUUUGGUACAGUUUGUAAGGGGGGAAGGCUCCUCUUCAUUCAUCCUCUCCAGACCACACUGCCUUUGCAAUAUGGCCAACUGGCCAAGUUUUGCCCAGCUGUGGCAUUUCUAUUUGAGGCAGAAACAGCAAUGGCAUUUGCAGGAAAAACCAAAGGAGGAGCGGUGCAACGCAAACAUCCUGUGCAGAUGCAGGCUGUGCAGAUGUGACUCGAGAACAUUUGGGUUCCUGCCACUUGGAUUUGUAUCCCUAAGAGAAAUCUCUUUGGCUGGAGGAGAGUCUUGCUGAAGAGAGAAAGCAGAAAGAGCAGUGAGGGUGCUGUGCAAGGUCUCCUGUGGUGCAGAGCUGUCAGCGACUGUGAGGUGAGAGCGGGCCCGGCCUUGGCCAGGCUGGAGCCCCAGCAGAGCCCUGGCAGAGCCCGGAGAAGCCUGAGCCUCGACAGAGGCAGGCUGGAAGGAGGCCCUUG